AGCGGCGCUCCACCACCUCCUCGACACCGCCGCGCACAGCCACCGCAGCCCGCACCCCGCGCAUCGCCGCACCCCACACGCAGCCAUGGCCAAGAAGAAGAAGGCGCCCGUGCUCGACGCCUGGUGCUGGUACUGCGACCGCGAGUUCGAGGACGAAAAGGUGCUGCUGCAGCACCAGAAGGCCAAGCACUACCGCUGCCCGCAGUGCCCGCGCCGCCUCAACACCGCCGGCGGCCUCACCGUGCACCUGGCGCAGGUGCACAAGGCCGAGCCGGGCAAGAUCGAGAAUGCGCUGCCCGGCCGCGAGUCGUUCGACAUUGAGAUCUACGGCAUGGUCGGCAUCCCGCCCGCCGACCUGGCCGAGUGGCAGAGCCGCCGCGGGGCGGGCGCCGCGCAGGGCGGCGGCGGCGCCGGCGGCCAGCCGAGCGCCAAGCGCCAGAAGGUCGAGAAGGUGGCGCUGAGCGCCGAGCAGCUCAAGGCACAGCUUGAGGCGCACAAGGCGCUCAUGAGCGGCAAGUCGGCGGCGCCCGCCGCGGUGCCGCCGCCCGUGGCACCGCCGGCGAUGCCGACGCAGUUCGCGCCGCCGAUGAACUACGCGGGACCGCCGCCCGGCUUUGCUCCUCCCUUCUCGCCGUAUGCUACGUACUCCGGACCGCCGCCGUCCUUCCCGCCUCCCGCCGCGGCCGCCGCUGCGCCUGCACCGGCGCCCGCCAAGCCGCACCCGCACACCGCCGCGCUUGCGUCCGGCGCAAAGAGCCGCAUGGUGUACGUCGACGAGACGCUCUCGCCUGAGGAGAAGCUGGCGCUGCAGCCCAAGUACCGCUUCCCGCCCGCGGGUCCCUCCUCGGCGCCCGACGUCAAGCCAGCAGCGGCGGCGCCAGCGCCCGCCGCUGUGGCAUACCCGUCCGCUGCGUCGCCCGCCUUCCCGCCACCUGGCUUCGCCGCACCGCCGCCCGGCUUCUCUGGCCCGCCGCCGGGCUUUGCCUCACCAGCAGCAGCAGCAGGCUUUGCCUCGCCGCCGCCCGGCUUCGCAGCCAGUCCUCCGCCGGGCUUCGCCGUGCCGCCGCCGGGCAUGCCGCCGCCGGGCUUCGGCAGCCCUGCGGGCUACGGCACGCCGCCGCAGUUCGGUGGUCCGCCGCCGGGCUUCGGGCAGGGCUUGCCGCCUGGCUUCACACGCUGAGUCGGUCAGGGACCUGCCGGGGGAGAUGGGACGGGCGUGCGUGCAGGGCGGCAGGAAGCGCAGCAGAUGAGCAGAGAGUGAGAGUCGGCGGUCGUCUACAUAGCAAUCUGACUUUCGUGUCCCCCACGCGCGCGACACGGCUUGAGUGCGUCGUGAGUCUUUCUUGCCUGCUGUGCCUCUGACCUGCUCUCCUUGCGCGUCAAGGCUGUGCAAGCGACGGCGAGCGGCGCAGCAAGACAAUGACGGCUCGAGCGGCGGUCCAGCCAGUGAGUGUGUCUCGAGCCACCAGCGGGCAAGCGAUGUGCAGCACGGGAGCUGGCUUGUGGCAGAGACUGCAUGCGCGAGCCGGGGCCACAGGUGCGCGAUGAGGGUCUUGCCUACACGCCAAGGGCCCGAGCAAUGGAGCCGAUCCCGCCGACAUGAGUGACAGCGCGAAAGCAUCGAUUGCCGCGGAGCG